AUGUCCCCGAGACCAGAAGAUACGCUCGGUAAUCUCGACCUCUAUCCCGCGAGCUACUUCGUGCCCAUCCGCCACGGCGGCCAACGCCCGGUCAAAGUCGCAGGCUACACCCUCAGAGCGCUCGCCGAAACCUGCCGCAGCGAAGAGAGAUACAAUGCCGCCCGUGAAUCUCUCAUGAGCAUCAUCCACAUUUUCCACGAAGAGAUUGAGUUGCUCCGAAUUGGCGGGUCGCCUGCUACUAAGCCAGCUGAGCAAGGCUAUCUCAACGGCUGGGAAGAUGCCUUGUCAACCGUCAUCGGCGUUCUAAACUAUUGCAUCGUCAAGCCGGUGUCUCAGUCUUCCCCUAACGCUCGCCCCGAGACGCCGCAACAGCUUGAUCGCCCUUUGCAUUCUCUCAGGGUGAAGAAGUUGGCAGAGAUGUACGCAUGCCGUCCGCUUCUGAGUCUGGAAAGCCUAGAACAGGCUCCCGAUGAUGUCAAAGGCAAGAGACCGGCGACACCUGAUGGAAUUGAUAUUCGCCAGGGAGAAGGUGCCGCCCGCUGGCUGGAGUUCGUCGCCGGCGACGAGUAUCGUCUCCCAAAGAAGAACUCAUCUCUGGAUAUCCCCUCCACCGAAACUAACGGCUCGGGCGUCAGCACGCCCUCAACGACAAGCAGCGGCUCCUCGGCCCAGAACCUCCUCUCGUUCCCAUCCAGCCAGGAUACCGAGAGAUUCGCCAUGGCCGAAGAGAACCAACUGAUCCCCGAUGCUUCGGAACUCAUCCGCGGCAUCGACACCAUCCAGAUCCUGCUUCACUACGAGCGACAAUGCCGCAUCUCGGAGCGCAGAAUCGCAGCGGAGCUGAUCAAGUCGAGCGUCCUCCGCCGGGCCAUCUUUCAAGACCGUAUCGGCCGCGUGCACACGUCCGAGGGUGCGAAUGGCAGUCGCAAGAAAGGUGUUGAGGAUAGCAUCAACGAUCCGUUCUUUGGUCAGACGAUGUACGAGAAGGCUGUGGGACAGGUGAAGUCGCUUUUCCGACGUUGGGGUGGUACAGCCUGGCAAGAUGAUACAGAGACGGAGGCAGACACGGAGACUGAUACCGAUACUGACCUCAAGGAAGCAAGUACGCAAGCUGUUGAAGAGCGCGCUGGCUCGAUUAGUGAGAGUCUCGUGGGAGAGUACGGCUAUGUCGAGUCCAGCCUUGCAUGCCUCAACCCGGAUUCAGAUCUCUCGUUUCCAAUGGUGCCGGACCCUUCGUACCAGCUGGGAUACCAGGGAACAGAAGCUUGUGUGCCACAUGUACAAGCCCCCAUAUACCAAAGCUUGUUCAUGAGAUCGCCGUACUUGACGCCAAAGUCUGGAAGCUCAUGUGAUACAUCUAACCUUCUCUCAUCAUCCGAAUACCGCCCGCUGCCUAGUCAAUCGUAUCUCAUGGUAGAAGCAAACAGCUCCAAGGACGCCUGGGAUCUACUCUCAUCCUCACAAGACUCGCUGGCGAACAUUGAGCAGAUCUCGGAGAAGCCAGUCAUAGGGCACCACUCGCGGCCUCGCGGUCUCAAGGAACGUCAGCAGAGCCAGAUUGUCCUGCAAGUUCCACACUUCCUCAACCUCCUUCCGAACCCUGGACUGUCGUGUGUCAAUGUAAGGGAUGUCAGGAACGGGCUUCUCGCGAUCAGGUUUGAACGAUGGUCAUGCUGA